CACGGCGCCAAGCCUCACAGAGUUCGGACAGUGCUCUUAGUCCCACUGUUUAGUUCUAAGGAGUCCCGUGAGGAUCCUUAUGGAUCCCUUCCAAUUCGACGCGUUCCUGGAGACGAACCACUGAGCCCCAGGCGGCGCCAGCGGACCCGGCCCCCGGCUCCUCCUGCCGCCGCGCCGGCCGAGGCGGUACCGGGCCGGGGCCGCCCCCGCUCCAGUGCCAGGGCGGCAGCGCGGGACCCGCCAUGGCCGCUGUGCGCCCCCGCCGCUGACAUGGCCGGGGCCAGCGGCGGGCGGCAGCAGCCGGCGGAGCUCCCCGCAGAGCCGCCGGAGAGCUACCAGCUGCGGCAGGAGAACGAGCUCCAGGUGCUGGAGUCCAUUUACGGGCAGGACUUCCAGGACCUGCGGCAGAGCCAGGCCUGGAAGGUACGACAGCCUCCUGAAAUUAAUUUAGUUCUGCGUCCUCAGGGAUUGACUGGUGCUAAUGAAGUGUAUGCCAAAGUUGACCUGUGGGUCAAAUGUCCACAUACUUACCCUGAUACAGUUCCUGAAAUACAACUAAAAAAUUCCAAAGGCUUGUCAAAUGAGAAAAUAAAUGAACUAAAAUGCAGGCUAGCUGAACUGGCAAAACAGCGCUGUGGAGAGGUGAUGAUAUUUGAACUAGCUGACCAUGUACAGUCAUUUCUCAGUGAGUAUAAUAAACCACCUUCCAAGUCUUUUCAUGAGGAAAUGCUAAAAAAUCAUCAAAAGGAACAGGAAAGAUUGGCUCAGGAGGAAUUGCGUAGGGCACAAGAAGUUAAAAGAAGAGAGGAGCAGGAGCAACGUGAAAUCCUUAACGAGAUUCAGAGAAGGGAGGAAGAGAAAAGGGAAGAAAGAAAAAAGAAAGAGAUGGCCAAACAGGAACGUUUGGAAAUAGCUGCUCUGACAAAUCAAGAAGACUCUCACAGAAGAGAUACUGCAGGACAUAGAGUUGCUUCACGCUUAAAUGGGAGCUGUUUGGAACAUGGAGUGAAUAAUAAACACCGACCAAAUUCAGCUGGACGUUCAAAACGAGAACGCCAGAUUUCUGUUAGUAAUAAUGAAGAGUCCCCUGGAAAUCACGAAGUUCUGAACUUCAGCACAAGUGGUGCUGGACAGCUUACUGUCCAUAAAGGAAAAUGUCUGGGCAAGGAUGAGCAGCUUGGUAAAUCUGUCUACAAUGCCUUGGAAAUUCACAGUGGAGACUUUGUUCUAAUAUAUGAGUGGGUUCUGCACUGGCAAAAAAAGAUGGGAAAGUUUCUUACAACUCAUGAAAUAGAAAAGAUUGAGAAGUCUAAGAAACAGCUUCAGGGAGCAGAAACAGAGUUCAGCUCACUGACGAAGCUAAACCACCCAAACAUAGUACACUACAAAUGUAUGAACCUCAAAGAAAGGGAUGACUCAAUUGUGGUGGAUAUUUUAGUGGAGCACAUAAGUGGUUGCAGCCUUUCUACAUACUUGCACAAAGAGACUCCGGUUCCAGUUGAGCAGUUGCGCCAUUAUGUGAUCCAGAUACUGUCUGCUCUCGACUACUUGCACAGUAAUUCUGUAGUGCACAAGGUUCUUUGUGCUUCCAGUGUCCUGGUAGAUGCUGAGGGGAACAUCAAGGUCACAGACUACAGCAUUUCCAAGCGCUUAGCUGACAUCUGCAAAGCUGAUGUUUUUGAGCAGACCAAGGUUCGUUUUAGUGAGGAUGGUCUUCCCAACAAACCUGGGAAAAAAGGAGAUGUAUGGCGUCUGGGCUUGCUUCUGCUUUCACUCAGCCAGGGUCAAGUAACCAAGGAAUUCCCAGUUGCUGUUCCUACCAAUUUACCUGCUGACUUUCAAGACUUUCUAGAAAGGUGUGUUUGCUUGGAAGAUAAAGAAAGGUGGACUCCUCAGCAGUUGCUACAACAUAGUUUUAUAAACAUUCCACGAAUAAAAAUACCUGUAGCUGAAGAAAAUCUAGAUGAUUCAGCAGGUAUAGAUUACAUGGAGACAGUUGUACCCAGCAGUCGGAUAUCCAGUGCUUCAUUCUUCACAGAAACACAAAGACAAUUUUCACGAUACUACAAUGAGUUUGAAGAGCUAAAAUUACUUGGUAAAGGGGCUUUUGGAGCAGUCAUCAAGGUGAGAAAUAAACUUGACGGUUGCUAUUAUGCUGUGAAGCGUAUUCGCAUAAACCCUACCAGCAAGCAAUUUCGGAGGAUUAAGGGGGAAGUAACGUUACUUUCCCGCUUGAACCAUGAGAAUAUUGUGAGGUAUUACAAUGCUUGGAUAGAAAAACAUGAAAGUCCCCUUCCCACCGUGUCAACAUCUGAAACAACCGAAGAGAGAAGAAUGCCCCUCAAAGCCGGUCCCUACAUCCUUUCUGCUGAGGAGACAAGUGAUGUGGAAACUAAUGCUCCUCCUCCAUGUUUGACAAGUUCAGUUGAGUGGAGUACUUCAUGUGAAAGAUCCUCCAGCAACAAAUUCAGUGGAGCUGAUCAGGAGUCCAGUGAUGACGACGAUGAUGGUGAUGGCGUGUUCUCACAUUCAAUUUUGCCAACCACAGAUUCUGAAAGCGAAAUAAUUUUUGAUAAUGAAGAUGAAAAUAGUAAAGGUCAUUCUCCAAAUGAAGAAGGCAAUGAAAAGAAUAGCCAUGGAGGAGAAGACAGGACACCAGUUGUUCAGACAGUGCAUUAUCUGUACAUUCAGAUGGAGUAUUGUGAAAAAAGCACAUUAAGGGACACUAUUGACCAAGGGCUACAUGAAGAUACCAGUCGGCUUUGGCGGCUUUUCCGAGAAAUUUUGGAUGGAUUAGCUUACAUCCAUGAAAAGGGAAUGAUCCACAGAGACUUGAAACCUGUGAACAUUUUUUUAGAUUCAGAUGAUCAUGUGAAAAUUGGUGAUUUUGGUCUAGCUACAGAUUAUCCAGCAAAUGCAGUGGUCUCUAAACAAGAGGAAAAUCUCUCAGAUGGUUCUGCUGUGUCUGACCCAUCAGGUAACUUGACAGGGAUGGUUGGCACCGCACUGUAUGUCAGCCCAGAGGUCCAAGGAAGCACAAAAUCCACAUACAAUCAGAAAGUGGACCUGUUCAGCCUAGGUAUAAUAUUCUUCGAAAUGUGUUACCAUCCUAUGAAUACUGCAUCAGAAAGGAUCUUUGUUCUUGGUCAGCUAAGGCUGAGAUUGGUUAUUACGUGGCUUCUGAACCACGAUCCUGCAGCACGACCAACAGCUGUGGAGCUGCUAAAAAGUGAACAUCUCCCACCACCACAAAUGGAAGAGUCAGAACUCCACGAAGUGCUUCACCAUACCUUAGCAAACGUGGAUGGAAAGGCCUACCGGACUAUGAUGAGUCAGAUAUUUGCACAGCGUGUAUCUCCAGGAAUAGACUAUACUUAUGACAGUGAUAUGCUGAAGGGUAGUUUUUCUAUUUGGGCAGCCAAGAUACAGCAGCAUGUAUGUGAGAUUGUCAGCCGGAUAUUUAAAAGACACGGAGCCAUCAAGCUGCAUACUCCACUGCUGAUGCCCAGAAAUAAAAAACUAUAUGAACACAAUGAAGCUUCGUAUUUCAUGGAUCACAGCGGGAUGCUGGUAAUGCUUCCUUACGACCUCAGAAUUCCUUUUGCAAGAUUUGUAGCUAGAAAUAACAUAUCAAACUUGAAAAGAUACUGUAUAGAGCGAGUUUUCAGACCUCGGAAGUUAGACCGCUGUCAUCCCAAAGAGCUCCUAGAAUGUGCAUUUGACAUCAUUACAUCUACUGGAAAUAGCUUUUUGCCUAUAGCAGAAACAAUUUAUGCCAUUUCAGAAAUCAUUCAAGAGUUUUCAGUGCUACAGGAAAGAAACUACGGUAUUUAUCUGAACCACACUGCCUUACUCAAAGCCAUACUUUUGCACUGUGGGAUACCAGAGGACAAACUCAAUCAGGUCUACAUCAUUCUCUAUGAUGCUGUGACUGAAAAGCUAACUAAAAGAGAAGUAGAAGCCAAGUUCUGUAAUCUUUCUCUCACAUCAGCUAGUCUUUCUCGACUCUAUAAAUUCAUUGAGCAGAAGGGAGAAGCAAGUAAUGUAUUUCCAUUUCUAAACACAAUGAUAAAACAAAAGCCAAGUGUCACUCAGCUGUUGAAGCAUGGCAUGAAGGAUUUAGAGGAAAUCAUAGGUUUAUUAAAGCAACUGGGAAUAAAACUUCAGAUCUCUAUCAAUCUGGGACUAGUUUACAAAAUACAGCAGCACAAUGGUAUUAUCUUUCAGUUCAUAGCAUACAUCAAAAGAAGACAAAGAACUGUUCCUGAAAUCCUUGCUGCAGGAGGCAGAUAUGAUCAUCUGAUUCCACAGUUUAGAGGGCCACAGACAGUAGGACCAGUUCCUUCAGCUGUUGGAGUCAGCAUAGCUAUAGAUAAAAUAACUGCUGCUGUUUCCAGUGUGGAGGAUUCUGUUUCUGUCAGCUCUUGUGACCUGCUGGUUGUAAGUGUUGGUCAGAUGUCAAUGGGUAGAGCUAUCAACAUUGUUCAGAAAUUCUGGACUGCAGGAAUUCCAGCUGAAAUAAUGUAUGACUGGUCCCAGUCCCAGGAAGAACUGCAGGAAUACUGCAGAUGCUCAGGGAUUACAUAUGUGGCUCUGGUGUCAGAGAAAGAAGGAAGUCAUGUGAAGGUGAAAUCCUUUGAGAAAGACAGGCAGACGGAGAAAAGGAUUUUAGAAUCUGACUUAGUAGAUCACCUGAUCCAGAAACUGAAAAUGAAAAUCGGUGAUGAAAGAUGUAAUAGAGAAACCACAGAUAAUCUUUCAAUGCAAAAUCAAAAAGGAUCAUUUACUAAUAUUUCAGGUGUGUUUGAAUCACAUGGAACUCUUGUAGUGCCUAACGUUAGUGUUAUAGCUCCUGAAAAAUUAUCUGCCAGUGCCAGGCGUCGUCAAGAAAUUCAGGUACAAACAAGACUUCAGACAUUCGUUUCUAGCCUGCAACAGAAAACAAGUGAGAUUGAGAUUUUAGCAGUUGAUCUGCCAAAAGCAACUGUGAUACACUUCUUAUCAUUAGAGCUUGAUGGAGAUAGACAAGCCUUUGAUGCUACUGUGAGACAACUGAUGUCACGAUGGCCCAAGCAGAGAUCUUCCUAUUUACAAGCAAUUUGUGAUGAAAUUUACAGUCUCAAAAUGGAAAAGAGGGUUCCUGCACUUAUCCUGUACAGUUACCGAGAUGAAUACAAAGUUUUGUUUUAGUACUUAAAGCAUCUUUCAUGGGAUGCUUCUACAAAUGGACAACAGUGUUUUGUCAGAAGGAAUUUCAAAAAGCUGUAAUAAUGCAAGACAGGCAACUAGUGCCUUUUUCUGCUUUUUCUGUGUCCAAAUUGCAUUUCAUGUAUAAUAACUGUCCUGAUUCUGGCCAGGAGAGGGUUAAGAUUUGCUGUAGCUAGGAGGGGUGGCCAGGACCCAGAGGUUCAUUUGCACCACCUCAGGCCAUUGCUGGGGGCCUUCCAGGCAGGCACAGUGUGACAGAGGGAGCAGUUGGGGUGUGUUGUUUCUGUGGACUCGUUCACCUGUCCUGGACCUUCUGCCACUGGUAUUGUUGCUGUUACUGGUUUAUCUCACUGCUGUUUCCAGUAAAUUUAUACCUCAACCUGUGCUCUUUACCUUCUGUGUCUCCCAGCCACCAGCAGGGGAGGGGGUAGUGAGUGGCACAUGGAUUCAAAUGGAGCACUAAACUAGAGAAUGACAUUCCUAAACCAUGACAAAUACAAAACUAAAUGCUUUCAAAAUGUGGAAGUAAUUGUUUUAUAGGCAAUUAAGGAGCAAGUCUGACUAUAGCCACAGCUAGACAUUACCAUGUAAUUCUUGCCCCUUAUGCUACAUCAAUCAGCUGUACAGAUGUAAAACUUUUUUUUAAAUAGUUUCAAAAUGCCUUUUAUGCAACAGUAGUACUGCAACAAGCAAUGUCAGUUCUAGAAUUAUGAAAUAAUGAAUUACCUUUAACAAGUUGUUUUAAACAUUUUUGAGGAGUUUUUAUGUAAUAAAAACUGCUGAGCCUUAUUGAAAUACUCA